AUGACAACCUUCAAUGUAAGUUAUAAUACGCGAAAAAGUAUUUGGAAUAAAUUACCAGAUAUUUUAACAUUUGAAGAAGCAGAUCUUAUUGAAAAUUUGACAAUUUAUUCGUAUAAUGCUGAUAUAUCUGAAAAGCAUAUAAGAAGUUUUAAUAACAUAAAACUUAUUGAUUUUAUAUCAAUAAAUCUUAAAAAUACAGAAGAUCACUUAAAAGCUCUUGGAAAAUUUAUAAAACUUCCUAAGAUUCAAUCUUCCCUAUGA